AUGAACUAUACUCCUUUGGAUCAUAAUGCCAUGCAUAAUCAUCAAGCUGCUACGGUGCUAUGUUGUAACUGUGGCGUGCCCAUGGAUGGAUCAACGGGCCUGGUAAUGUGCUACGACUGCAUAAAACUAAAUGUGGACAUUACUGCCGGAAUUCCAAGAGAAGCGCAUGUUUCCUUUUGUCGAAACUGUGAGAGAUUUUUGCAGCCGCCGGGGCAAUGGGUGCGGGCAGAGUUGGAGUCGCGCGAAUUGCUUGCGCUGUGUUUACGUCGCUUGAAGGGGUUGAAUAAAGUCAGACUGGUAGAUGCAUCUUUCAUAUGGACAGAACCCCAUUCAAGGCGUAUAAGGGUGAAAUUGACCGUUCAGGGCGAAGCAAUGAGCAACACUAUUAUCCAACAAACUUUUGAAGUCGAAUACGUCGUGGUAGCCAUGCAAUGUGCCGACUGUGCAAGAUCGUACACGACUAACACCUGGAGAGCCACCGUGCAAAUCAGACAGAAGGUUUCACACAAGCGUACAUUCUUGUAUUUGGAGCAGUUAAUUUUGAAACAUAGGGCCCAUGUGGACACCAUCAACAUAUCGGAGGCCAAAGACGGUCUUGACUUUUUUUAUGGCCAAAAGAAUCACGCCGUUAAAAUGAUCGAUUUUCUGAAUGCGGUGAUUCCUAUCAAAUACAAGAAGUCAGAAGAACUGGUCUCCCAAGAUACCCAUACGGGGGCGUCCACCUACAAGUUCAGUUACUCCGUCGAAAUUGUGCCCAUUUGCAGAGACGACUUGGUUGUGCUUCCUAAAAAGCUUGCUAAGUCCAUGGGCCAGAUUUCACAGUUUGUUUUGUGCUCCAAGAUAUCAAAUACGAUCCAGUUUUUAGAUCCGACGACUUUGCAGACGGCUGAUUUGUCGGCUCCUGUUUAUUGGAGAGCCGCGUUUGAGUCUUUGGCGGACGUUUCGCAGUUGGUCGAGUUCAUUGUAUUAGAUGUUGAUCCAACUGGCUACUCGCAUGGUAGAUGGCUACUCGCUGACAUCACAGUGGCGCGUGCCUCUGAUCUCGGCGUUAACGAUCAAGUCUAUUUUGUUCGUUCUCAUUUGGGAGGUAUUUGUCACGCUGGUGACAGCGUCAUGGGCUAUUUUAUUGCAAACUCCAACUAUAAUUCAGAUUUGUUUGAUGGCCUCAAUAACGAUUAUGUCCCAGAUGUGGUUUUGGUGAAGAAACAAUACAUUAGGAAGACUCGGAAGAACAGAAACUGGAAGCUGAAGAGAAUGGCCAGAGAACACAAUGACAUUGAAGCAUCCCAGGACUACUCUUCAAGACAGCAGAAGCAGGAAAUGGAGAGAGCCGAGAAGGACUACGAGUUGUUCUUACAAGAACUUGAAGAAGACGCUGAAAUGAGACAAACUAUCAACAUGUACAAGAGCGCGCAGCAACCGCAAGUAACUAAUGAGGGGGGUGAUAUGGAGGGCAAUGAAGAGGACGAUUCCCCUCAAAUAGACAUCGAUGAACUCUUGGACGAGCUUGAUGAGAUGACUUUGGAAGAGGGAUCAGAGCCUCAGGUUUGA